CAUCGUUAUCAUUGUUGCCAAUCGACACAAGUACAACUACGUGGCUGCCGCUGAAAAGUUAAAAAAUUAGCCAAAAGUAAAACGCGACAAUGCAAACGACGGUGGCCAGUUUACUGCUAACAUUAUGUGGCCUCCUACUACUACUGACGAGACCCGGCCACGGCUUCAUUGUCAAUGUGGACGCGCAUAACGAGGAGUGCUUUUUCGAGAACAUCGAAGGUGGCACCAAAUUUGGCGUGACAUUCGAGGUGAUCGAGGGCGGCUUCCUCGAUGUGGACAUCAAAAUCACUGGCCCCGGCCAGCAUGUCAUGCACGAGAGCGAGAAGGAAUCGUCGGGGAAAUAUACGUUCGUUGCGCCCGCAAAGGGCACAUACACCGUCUGCUUCAACAACGAGCGCAGCAGCAUGACACCCAAGCAGGUCAUGUUCUCUAUCGAGAAGGGCGAUGCGCCGCAACGUGCGCCCGGCGCACCCGGUGAGGAGGAAGUCGGUCACACCAAGCUGGAGGACAUGAUACGCGAGCUCUCCGGCACCCUGACCAAUGUCAAGCACGAGCAGGAAUAUAUGCAUGUGCGCGACAAGAUUCAUCGGUCUGUUAAUGAGAGCACCAACUCGCGUGUCGUUCUCUGGUCCACAUUUGAGGCACUCGUCCUUGUACUGAUGACAGUCGGCCAGGUGUAUUAUCUGAAGCGCUUCUUUGAGGUCAAGCGCGUUGUGUAAUCCCUUCCCAUGCAUGUGUGUGGAAAUGUAUAGAGCGAAUGUGUGUUGCAGCAGUCUCAGCCUAAUUUUAAAUGAUAAAUUAAAUACCUUUUUUUGUAACAAAUCGAA